AGCUAAAAUUUGGUAUUUGCUAUAUUAUCCUCAACUUAAUAUUCUUACUCAGGAUAAGCUUCUCACUCUCUCUCUCUCUCUCUCUUACUACCAUGGCUUCCUUGUCCGCGACGACAACAGUUAGGGUUCAACCAUCGUCUUCGUCUCUACAUAAACUUAGCCAGGGGAAUGGAAGAUGUUCAAGUAUAGUGUGUUUGGAUUGGGGCAAAAGCAGUUUCCCAACACUCAGGACUUCUCGUCGUCGAUCCUUUAUCUCUGCUGCAAAGAAGGAAACAAUUGACAAAGUGUGCGACAUUGUAAAGGAGAAACUGGCUUUAGGAGCUGAUGUUGUGGUCACAGCUGAUUCCGAGUUUAGUAAACUCGGUGCUGAUUCAUUGGACACGGUUGAGAUAGUGAUGAACCUCGAGGAAGAGUUCGGUAUCAAUGUGGAUGAAGAUAAAGCUCAAGAUAUAUCAACCAUCCAACAAGCCGCCGACGUUAUUGAGAGUCUUCUUGAGAAGAAAUAGACCCCAAACUAUGCUCUCUCAAUCAGUCAAUCACCUAGCUAGGGAAUGAAUUCUUGUACCAAUUUUGCAAGCCCCUUUUUUAUUAAUUGAUUCAAUUCACCCUGCUGCCAUUUUUGGACUUCAUUGUUUGAAGAUUAUCUUUUCGAGUUUUGUAGUUCAAUUUUUUUGAUUUUAAGUGAUGAUGACAUCAAUUAUUUCCACUUUUUUGGACAAUGUUCUUAAUUACAUUGGCAAAUCUUAUGUAAAACUUCAUUGGUAGCAAAAAAGGAUUGCAUGAUUUCUGAUUA